AUGAGCAAACGAGUGUCCAAAUCCAAGAACCGUGGCUCUGUACAACGACAGGGCUCGACCGACUCCCUCCGCGACAAGGGCAACGGAAAUGCGAAUGCAACCAGCACCAAUAUGAACGCCAACCUUCUGGAACACCGGCGGAAACACAACUCAAUUGAUGGAACGUCCCCUUCAAGCCAGGCUGCCUCGUUGAUGGGCAACUCGAACUUCUCCCUCGAUGACGAUAUACCACCACUAGACAAGGACGAUGAGGGUCCAUCGAAGGGCUUCUUCGAGCUGAGCAAGAAGGAUCAGCGCAACUUCUUGCUGCUCGUCCUGCUUUACUUCCUCCAGGGCAUACCAAUGGGAUUGGCGCACGGCUCCGUCCCGUUCUUACUGAAGAAUGUGGUUUCGUACUCGGCUAUUGGCGUCUUUUCGCUAGCAGCCUACCCAUAUUCACUGAAACUGUUAUGGAGUCCGAUCGUGGAUGCGGUGUGGUCACCCAGUAUUGGUCGCAGGAAGAGUUGGAUCUUGCCCAUCCAGACAAUCUCCGGUUUCUCCAUGAUCUGGCUGGGAAAGCACAUCAACAAGAUGAUGACGGAUGCUAGCGACAAUGAGGGCGGCGUAUGGAAUUUCACAUGGUGGUGGUUCGCGCUGGUCUUUCUGUGCGCGACCCAAGACAUUGCUGUGGACGGAUGGGCCCUGACUCUUCUUUCCAAGGAGAACCUCGCAUACGCCUCAACCGCGCAGACCGUUGGUCUCACAGCCGGCCAGUUCCUCUCGUAUACCGUAUUCCUCGCUUUCAACUCCAAGGAUUUUUCCAACCGAUGGUUCCGCCCAGCCAAUGCGCCUGCCGAGACUGGGCUUAUGGAAUUGGACAGCUAUCUUACAUUCUGGGGCUGGGCAUACUUGAUUGUCACUGCUGGUUUGGCUUUCAUGAAGCGCGAAGACCGCGACAAAACUACGGACAGCAUCAAGGAAGUCUACCAAACCAUGUGGGGCAUCCUUAAGCUCAAGAACAUCCAAUCCUUCAUCAUCAUCCACUUGAUCGCCAAGAUCGGCUUUCAAGCCAACGAUGCGGUGACGAGCCUCAAGCUGCUAGACAAGGGUCUCAAGCAAGAGCAGCUUUCUCUUGUCAUCCUGAUCGACUUUCCUGUGGAGGUCUUUUUAGGUUACUAUAUCGGCAAGUGGUGUCAGUCCUAUCCGCCAAUGCACAUCUGGUGUUGGUCGUUCAUGGGACGUUUGGCGGCCGCUGGAUUUGCGCAAUUCGUUGUCUCGGUCUUCCCCACUGACGGCGCGGGCGGAUCGUUCUUGUUGCUUGUCAUUGCUGAGCAUGUGCUAUCAACUUUCAUGAAUACUGUCAUGUUUGUCGCAGUCAGUGCCUUCCACGCAAAGAUCUCAGAUCCGCUCAUCGGCGGAACGUACAUGACGCUUCUUGCUACUGUAUCGAACCUUGGCGGAACAUUUCCUCGCUACUUUGUUCUCAAAGCCGUCGACAUGUUCACCGCAGCGACUUGCUUACCACCAACGAACCCACCAAAGGCCGACGCCCUCAAGGGUGCGCCCAUCACUCAAGCAUUUUCUUGCGUUGGCGAAGCCGACAAGCACCGAUGCCGAGAUGGCGGUGGUGUCUACAAAGUCACUACAGAUGGCUACUAUAUCGUAAAUGUACUAUGCAUUAUCGUUGGAGUAGUUACCUUUACUCUAUACAUCAAGCCGGCGGUGAUGAAAAUUCAAUCCUUGCCAUUGCGAGCAUGGCGGAUAGCUGGAGGAGCAUAA